ACAAUUAUAUAGUAGCAAACCAUUGUUGAGUGUUGCUCUUAUAACUUGUGUCAUAAUAACAAGUAAAGAAAAAUGAGUUUUUCACAUACCAUAACUGGUUUCUCACUUGUUAUGAUAUUGUUGUUUAAGUUUCAAAGUGUUCAUUCCCAACUUCAAGUUGGGUAUUAUAGCAAUACAUGUAAUUUGGCUGAGAUUGUAGUUAAAGAUGAGGUUAUGAAAGCUUUCUAUGCUGAUACAGGAGUGGCUGCUGGUCUUUUGAGAAUGCAUUUUCAUGAUUGCUUUGUUAGAGGCUGUGAUGCUUCGAUUUUGAUCGAUUCGAAUGCAACAAACACAGCUGAGAAGGAUUCCCCUCCAAAUAAUCCAAGUUUGAGAGGAUUUGAAGUAAUAAACAAUGCAAAAGCAAGACUAGAAGCUUUAUGUAAAGGUGUUGUUUCAUGUGCUGAUAUAGUAGCUUUUGCAGCAAGGGAUAGCAUACAGUUUAGUGGAGGGCUUGGUUAUGAUGUUCCUGCAGGAAGAAGAGAUGGCAAAGUUUCAUUAGCUUCAGAAGCUGUCAUAAACUUACCUGGCCCAUCAUCCAAUUUGAAUCAACUCACUCAAAUCUUUGCCUCAAAAGGUUUCACACAACAAGAAAUGGUUACACUCUCAGGAGCUCAUACAAUCGGCCGCUCCCACUGCACUUCCUUUAGUUCUAGAUUAUAUAACUUCAAUGGAAUAACCGGUCAAGACCCGAGUUUAGACUCGAUGUAUGCAGCUCGGUUGAAGCAACAAUGUCCUCAAGGCAACAGAAAUCCAAGCUUGGUUGUUCCCAUGAACCCUUUUAGCCCUACCGUUGCUGAUAACAGCUACUAUUCAGACGUUCUAGCACGUCGUGGCUUGUUUUCUUCCGACCAAGCUCUCUUGUCCGAUGCAACAACAGCUAGCUUAGUGAAUCAAUUUGCCAAGGCUCCCUCUCUCUGGACAAGAAUGUUUGCUGAUGCAAUGGUUAAAAUGGGGCAAAUUGAGGUCCUUACAGGCAACAGUGGCGAAAUUCGGGCAAAUUGCAGUGUUAUUAACACCUAAAUAGAAGAGUUAUGGAGUGUUUGUAUUUAGUGAUAAGAUUUUGGAUUAGCAAAACCUCAAAAGGGGCAAGUGUAAUUGUAUCAAUAAAGACCCUGAGAGACUACUUGAGUGAGUUGAAAUAAAUGUAAGUAACAAUUUCAAAUGAAUAAGCUUUUAUGAG